AUGAACAAGAUUCUUCGUACAUCUUCUUGGGACAGUGUUCCGAGAAUUGUUCUGCGCGCGUCGCCGGAGAACAUCCCUGACCUUGCGGCGCCCGUCAUCAGGCGUGGCACCGCUUGCAAAAACGUGGUUCCCCACGUUGCAGCGCGUGCCCGCGCCCGUCGCGGAAGCCCCACAGGCAAGGCCAAUGUAUCGCUAGUCUGUCCUUCUGUUGAUUUCGAGCUUGGCGUCGACAGCGGCUCGGCCAGUCAGAUGCAACGUGAAGAGCAAUGCGAAGCCGAGGUGACCAGAAACCAGGUCAAGGCGGGUGGAAAUUUACUGCCAACUGCCGAACCGCUCGUCUAG